GUUACGCAAAAAAUACUCGUCUAUUAGUGUUGUUCGAAGAAGCGUGCUUUUACAUAUUUACUUUUGAGACGAAAUCGCGAUGAAAAUACGCGCUUUUAUAUAGUUUUAUUUCGAUGAAUCUCUCCUAUAAAGUCACUAUUAUGUCCGCUUUCCUUUAGAUACGCGACUGAAAACAGAAGAAAAAUUCGGUUGGCUUUUUAAUUAGUGCAAAUACUAAUAAGGAGUUUAUUUUUACAAAUCGAUUAUUGCGCGUGGUUGCCGACGACAAAUUCACGAGAUAAUUAUGGAGUUUUCAAAUUUCAAGUGUAUUUCGGUUGUGGUCAUUACGAGUGUGGUUUUAUGCUGUGUUCAAAAAAACGGAGUAGUUGGCCAGAAAAAUGAUGAAAGUCUCGAAACUAUCCUUUUACCCAGAAGUAUACAUACACGACAUGUUAGAAGAGUCAACAAAUUUUCUCAAUCUGUUACUCCUCCUAUCAUGGACGUGGAUCUUUCGACAGAAACCCAAAAACCUCUCAACGAAUCGGAUAGUUCGGAUGAAGUUGAUAUAUCGAUGGAAACUUAUUCGAACAACUCAUCAUCGCAGCCUGAGCCACUUACCGAGCGAAUCGAUACAGUUGAUAAUCACUCGUCCAGCAGUUUGGAGCUCGACAAAAUGAAUAAGUCCUUUUCCGAAUUACACAAAGUUUUAAUCGACGAGAGCGGAUUCCCGACUCAAAGUAAACCCCCUCGAGCUGCUGCUAACACCAAAGAAACCGUAGAAAUAAAUGAAGAGAAAGAUAGUGUGAAGUUAGACGACAAAGAAGAUCAAGGAUCGUCGAAUUUGUGGAUUUACUCGAACGCGGUUUGCAUACUUUUGGUGGUGGUCGUUUCCAUUUUUCUGAUUUAUUAUCCGAAGAAAAAAGAUCCGCGUAGAGCGUGUAAGGAUUCGUCGUCAUCGUCUUCAGAAUCGUCGACAUCAUCUUCUUCUGCUAGUUCGAUGGCUUGAUCUCUCUGCCUGUAAUACCUACCAAACCUAAGAAUUUAAGCCUAUUCAGCGUUUGGCGACUAAUUAUUUGAUAUGUAUUAUACCUAUCGACGACGCAUUUUCAUGUUACAAAAGCGUCUUAUAUACGCGUGGUCGCAAUUUUUUCUACUCGUGUGUAUUAUAAGAGUGAUUUUUAAUGAUUUUUUUCCUUAAAAUUUUAGCAGUUUAAUUCGUAUUGAGGCGAUCAUUUUAUGUUUUCGUGUUGAAAGGGGACUUACUGUGUACUUGUAUGGGUACUUAUCACGUGUGACUAAUAAUUUUCGGAGCACUUUUCAUUUGAAAACGUGAUUUUUUUUUUUGUAAAUAAUUUUUGUAUCAAUUUUUAUUAGAUUAUUUAAGUCGGUUUUAUACCAAAAAAUAUCAAUUUUAAAGACUAAACAUACCACCGUCAUAUUUUUUAAGUUUAUAGAUCGCGCUUACCAAGUGGCAAAUGAUUGGAUCUGAUCAGUAACCUACUUCAUGGAUCAACUUUAACUUGACCAGAUCUGAUCAGACUUGUUCAGAUCGAAGUUGAUCGAAUUAGACCUGCUUAGACUUGAUCAGAUUCAAUGAGGGAGACCUACUUGAAUCUGGCCAAAUCUGACCAGAUCUGAAUUAUAUAUCCGAUCUUGAUCAUACCGGAUCAGAUCUGAUCAGAUCUGACAAUCCAUUUUCCACUGGGAUAGUCGCGCUUUAUUUCUUAUUUUUUUGAAAAAGCUUUUGCACCGUUUAAUUUGAAAUCCCAGUGGAAAAUGAUCGGAUCUGAUCAGAUCUAUAAUCAGAUCCGAACACACUGUGGAUGCAAUUUGACCCGACCAGAUCCAAUUAGAUCUGGUCUGAUCGAAGCUUUAAUCGAAUUAGGUCUGUUUAAACCGGAUCGUAAUUAUCUAUUUUUGGAAAGACCCGAGUGCAUUUGACCCGAUCUGAACAGAUCAGUCCAGAUCUGAUCUACGGUCAUUCCCUAGAUCCAAUCAGAUCUGAACAGAUCUCGUCAUUAUAGAUCAGAGUUUUUAAGGAUUAGAUCUGUUCAGACCUGAUCACUAAUCAGAUCCAAUCAUUUCAAUAAGAAUUUGUGUUAAAAUUAAAAAUCUGUUUUUUUUUCAAUUUUAAAUGCUCGCAUAUUUGUCAUAUUAUUUGGUUGUACAUAUAUUAUUUUUUCAAAUUUUUGUCAUAUUAAUGCAAAUAUUAUACUUACCAUUUAAUUUUUGUAUCAUCGAAA